AUGUCAAAAUGUUUUCACAUGAAAAAAAACCUGUUUAUACGUGAAAAAGAGUUUUUAAUAAACUAUUUGGAAGACAAUGUAGACAUUGCAAACGAUAAAUUUGUGGCGGCAGAUGGUGCCAAAUUUCGUGAAGAAAAGUGGAAAGAACUGGCGGUGAGCCUUAAUGGUCUUGGUGGCACUCAAGAGGAUGGUGCAAAAUGGAAGAAAAAAUAUAGUGCGAUAAGGCAGGCAGAGCAGAGCAGCGGUAUAAAUGGUUUGAGCCGGGCCAAAGCAUUGUUACCGCUGGAAUUUCUUGCAUUUUCCAGUUCUGCAUGAAAUUAAAAAAAUGAAUUCUUGUGGUUUUUGCUGCCGAAUGACCAUAUUUUUAUAGAAAAAUAAGAAAAAUUUGGCAUGGAAAGUAUAAAUAAAUAAAAACGUCGAAACG